AUGCCCUGGUUCGGUAUGGACAUCGGUGGCACACUCACAAAGCUGGUGUACUUCGAGCCUCGGGAGACGAACAGGCGGGAACUGGACAAGGAGACAGAAGUCCUGAAGAAUAUCAGAAGGUAUCUCACGAGGAACUCCGCGUAUGGAAAGACCGGGAGGCGGGAUGUUCAUUUACAGAUGGAGAACGUAACAAUACGGGGCAGACGAGGAACCCUCCACUUCAUACGGUUUCCGACGAGUGAAGUCGGGGCCUUCCUACAGCUGGCUCGGUCUAAGGGCAUGGCAGCGUUAGUUAACACCAUAUACGCGACUGGCGGCGGUGCUUAUAAGUUUGAAGAGGACUUCAUUAAGGAGGUGAACAUGCGUCUCUCCAAGCUAGACGAGCUGGACGCCCUCAUCGCUGGAGUGCUGUUCGUGGACUCUAUGAACCCACAGGAGUGCUACUACUGGGCGCCGCCCGACCACCUCACGAACAGCAAGGACACGUACGUCAGGAAACCGUUCGACUUCUCCAACCCCUACCCGUUCCUUCUGGUGAACAUCGGUAGCGGGGUCUCGAUGUUGGUCGUGAACGCUCCCAACGACUACUAUCGCGUUAGCGGGACCAGUCUGGGCGGGGGUACGUUUUUGGGUCUGUGCUGCCUGCUAGCUGGGUGCAGUAGCUUCGAGGAGGCCAUCGCACUCGCGGCCUCCGGAGACAACACCACCGUCGACAAACUAGUGCGAGAUAUAUACGGCGGGGACUACGAGCGGUUCGGGCUCAGGGGGGAUCUGGUCGCCAGUAGCUUCGGGCACAUGUGCUCGGCGGAGCGGCGCGCGCGCGUGUCCCGCGCCGACCUGGCGCGCGCCACGCUGGUCACCAUCACCAACAACAUCGGCUCCAUCGCGCGCCUCUGCGCCUCCAACGAGCGCCUCGAGCGGGUGGUAUUUUGCGGUAACUUCCUAAGAGUGAAUCCGCUAUCCAUGAAGCUAUUGUCCUACGCUAUGUCGUACUGGUCGAGAGGUGCUCUAAAAGCACUGUUCCUUGAACACGAAGGAUACUUUGGUGCGGUCGGCUGCCUGCUACACUACGACAGCAAAAACCACAAACAGCAGAACGUAUCACGACACGCGACUCCGCCCGAGUCCAGACAGGCGGACAGAUGAGCCUAAUUAUAUAUAGUGUAUGAUGUAUGAAUAUAUAUAUGGCAAUAAUGGUCUAACAUAGAAAAGUUGAGUACGAAA